CACCUGUUGGUUAUGUUUGUCCACGUAGAAAAAAAAAGCACAGUUAAUUUGGUUUCGUUUUCUAGUCUUUAGUUUCUAAUGGACAAUGGCGUUAAGAAGGUCGCGUGGUUACCAAGAUAUUGACGGUACAAGUGAAGCGGGUUCGACUAUCACUCGAAAUGAGGUAUCGCAGGACACAGAUACAAAUCUCCCGCAGGAGAUUGAAAUGGCUUCAGUCUCUGUAGUUCCAGAUGAUACGUUUACCGUAAGUCAAGCAGUCAAUGCCUUGGGAUUCGGAUGGUUUCAAGUGAAAUUAUCGUUAUGGACAGGAUUAUGUUGGAUGGCGGAUAGUAUGGAAAUGACAAUUUUAUCCAUUCUUUCGCCGGCUCUCCAUUGUCAUUGGCAUAUAUCCAGGUAUCAACAAGCAUUAACAACAACUGUGGUGUUUUUGGGAAUGAUGUUAUCUUCAACGUUUUGGGGAAAUUUGAGUGAUAGAUAUGGACGUAAACACGCUUUGAGUUUGUGCGCCGUAUUGCUCUUUUACUACGGAUUACUUAGCGCUAUAGCCCCUAGUUUCAUGUGGGUAUUAUUGCUACGAGGCGUGGUUGGAUUUGCAAUUGGAUGUACUCCACAAUCUGUUACGCUUUAUGCAGAAUUUCUACCUACUAAGCAAAGGGCUAAGUGUGUUGUUUUGUUAGACUGUUUCUGGGCUUUGGGUGCAUGCUUCGAAGUAGCCUUAGCUUUAGUUGUCAUGCCUACGUUAGGAUGGCAAUGGCUUCUAGCGUUGUCAACGGGUCCUCUCUUAGCGUUUGCUCUAAUCUGUCCGUGGCUUCCGGAAUCCGCACGAUUUCACGUUGCCAGCGGCCAAACGGACAAGGCUCUGGAAACUUUGGAAAAGAUCGCUAAAGACAAUGGAAAACCAAUGUUACUAGGAAGAUUAGUGGUUGAUGAUGCUAUGACCGAUUCACCACAUAGGGGUCGCAUUAGGGAUUUAUUGGUACCUUCCCUAAGACGCACAAGUUUAUUACUCUGGUUCAUUUGGAUGUCUUGCGCUUUCUGUUACUACGGUUUGGUUCUGAUGACGACCGAACUUUUCGAGACAUCUUCGAACAACUGCUCGGAUAAUCUCAGGCCUCAUUCCAGGAUAGAAACUUGCGCUGCUGAAUGCAGGCAAUUGCAGACUAAAGAUUACAUGGAUCUGUUAUGGACUACUUUAGCAGAAUUCCCAGGUAUCUUCGCUACGAUAUUUACUAUUGAAAAAUUCGGAAGGAAGAAGACUAUGGCCGUCCAGUUUGUCAUUUACGCAGUUUGUGUAUGCUUCUUGGUAGUCUGCACGGAAAAGAGAGCUUUCUUGACUUUCAUGCUAUUUUUGGCCCGAGGAAUAAUCGCUGGAGUUUUCCAAGCAGCUUAUGUUUAUACGCCGGAAGUUUAUCCAACGUCUUUAAGAGCAGUCGGCGUUGGUUCUUGCAGUGCUAUGGCAAGAUUAGGAGCGAUGGUUACACCUUAUGUAGCGCAGGUUCUAUUAAAGACGUCCGUGAGCUUCGCGACAUCAGUGUAUGCUGUGGCAGCUUUAUUAGCUGCAGUGGCUUGUAUAGUUCUACCAAUAGAGACUCAAGGAAAGGAGAUGUCGGAAAAUAUUCAUCAGCAUGAACGAUCUAAUAAUCAAUCAACGAACAACUAAGAA